AGUUUCCUUCCUUCUGUGACACGUGGUUUAUAGCUGUUGACGUUUGGCGCGUUUUCACAUUUGUCAGAUCUCAGAUCUGUCAAACCUCAAAAGCUUGUUGAAUGGUUUAUUUUUUCUGCGUAAAUAAAAUUUUGUCUGUCAUUCUGGUCAUUCAGUGUCUCGAUAGCUGCAAGAGGACACCUAAAAUCCUAGAUCGAAGAGAGAUGAGGAAGAGAUACAUUGCGUCAUAGUUUACGCGAUAACAAACUCGUUCAAUCCGAUAACGUAACGCGAUAACAUCGCGUUAAAUAAGGCAAAAUGUCAAAGAUACGCCGGCUCUCGAUUCGCGGCAUUCGUAAUUUCGGCGAUGACAGUGAAGACGCGUUGUUACGUUUCUCCUGUCCGUUGACGCUUAUUUUGGGACCGAAUGGCACAGGAAAAACAACGAUCAUAGAAGCGUUGAAAUAUGCCACGACCGGCGAAUUUCCACCAAACUCUGAGAAAGGAAGGUCCUUCAUACAUGAUCCCAUGCUGGCGACAACCGGCUCGGUAAGAGGUGUUGUCAAAGCUGAGAUAAUUGAUUCCACGGGUAAUACUUAUAUAGUAUCCAGAACAAUUGAGUCAUUGAAGGCAAUAAAAAAAUUUAAGACUCUUGACAGUACUGUAACAAGAGUAAGCAAGGAUAAAAAAGAGAAAGCAUCUAUAACCAAUCGAUGUGCUGAUGUGGAUGCGGAGCUCAGUGUAGCAUUAGGUGUUUCAAAGUCGAUUCUGAAUUAUGUUAUAUUUUGUCAUCAAGAUGAGCUUAACUGGCCAUUUGACCAACAAGGAAAAAAUUUGAAGGAGAGAUUUGAUGAAAUAUUUGAUAGUGCUAAAUUUAAUAAAGCUUUAGAAACUAUUGCAAAACUUUACAAAGAGUUACAAGGGGAUAUUCGAGGUCUGAAUGCAGAGAAACAGACUUUCAAAGUACUUGUAUCUGAAGUAGAAGAUAAAGAGAUUAAACUCGAGGAGCACAAGAAGAGAUUGGAUACCACAAAAGAAAAAAUAAAUGAUAUUGAUAAACAGCUUGUACCUAUAAAACAGAAGAUUGAAGAAGUGCAACAAUCUCAUACCGAAUACAAAAAUAUUCAAAUUGAAGAAGAGAAAAAGAAAAUGGAAUAUAAUAUGUAUAAGGAACGGUAUCAAAAACUGAAAGAAACAAUAAAAAAUAUCUUUGAAGGAACAACAGAGGAAUUAAACGGUCUCAUAGAAUCAUAUGAUACUAUAUUGAAAGAAAAAAACAAUGAAAUAACAGAGAGUGAAACUGAAAUUAAAAGUAUUUCUGAGAAAGGAACUAGGAUCUCAAAUAUCUUGGCAACACGAAGAGAAACUGUAGGUACAUUUAAACAACAAGUGAAAGAUCAUGAGAAAAGAAUAAUUCGUCGUAAUCGAUUAUUAAAUGAUGCAUUGCAAGCAUGGGAUUUUGAUACAGUGGAACAAGAUGUAUCUGAAAUAGAGGUGAAGGCUCUUACAAAAAGAUUGGAACAGAAGAUCCGAGCAUUGGAACAAGAAGUAGAAGAAAAUAGACAGAGCAUGCAAAAAGAGAGUGAAUUACAAAAAGAAGUUGAUAUGUUACGUAGCAAUUAUUCAAAGAUAGAAUCAGGAAAGAUUCUCAAAGAGAAGGAAGUUACAGAGAUAAGAGUUGAAAUUACCACCAUACGGAACCAAAUAGCACAGAUUGGUGCAGCAGGAAAUAAAUUAAAGUCCAUAGAACAAAAACUUCAAACAGCAAAACAUAAAAUUGAUGAGCUUAACAAUGCAUUAGAUGUUAAUUCUCUGAAAACUGAUAUUGCAAACAAAGUAAAAUCCAGAGAUAAGAUUGAAACAAGUUUAAGCGUGGUUGAUGAUGAAAUUUCUUCUUUACAUAAGUUAAGCUCAUUAAAAACAGAAUUUGAUUUGAAAAAAUCGGCAUUACAAGCCAAAGAAGAAGAAAUGGAAAAUUUGAAGAAAAAACAUGGAAAUAGCAUCAAAGUAUUGUUAAAUAUUCAAGAAUUACAACAGACAAAAUUGAAAAAUACUCUAGACCGUGUACACCAGCAAUUGGAAAAAGAAACAAAUUCUUUGACGCGAGAGAUUCAAACACAAGAACGCAAAACUACCGCUUUUCAAACGUCAUUACAACACAUAGAGUUAGAAUUUGAGAAAAAGAAAAUAGAGUUACAUCGUGAUAAAGAGAAAAUUUCUACAGUGUGCGAUUACAAAGAAUUUGAUGAGACUUUGUUAAUGCAAUCAAAAAUAGUAAAGGAGCUUCAAGAUAAGCGAGGAGUUUAUGCUUAUCAAGCCACAGCCUACAAAGAAUAUAUUACAAAACUAUCUGUAAAAGAUCCUUGUUGCCCUUUGUGUCACAGAAAUUUUCAGGAACAAAACAAAGUGGCAGAUUUAAUAAAAGAAAUGGAAACUGAUAUCAUUCGUAAUCAACCUAAUAAUUUAAAAAAGUGUGAAGGGGAACUAAAGUUGCAACAAGAAAAAUAUGAUAAUAUGUUGCAAUUAAAACCCAUUGUUGAAAAAGUUAUUCAAUGUGAAGAGAAUGAGCUGAAAAAAUUAGAAGAAAGAUUGCAGAAAGCCAAGAAUAGUGCAAAGCUGUCCAAAAUAGCUGUUAAAAAUCUUGAAGAGUCAAAAGCAGAACCUGAAAAGAAAUUAUUACUGUAUAAAGAUAUAAUCAGUGAUAUCAAAUUUUGGGAUCGAUGCAUAGAUGAAAUACAGCAAUUAAAAAAAACUGUUAAUAAUUUGGAAACUCAAAUGGCCAAUGCUGGAGUCCAAACCGAAAAAACUAUAGAAGAGCUGCAGGCGCAGCGAGAAUCCUUGAAAACAUCUUUCAAAGAAACUCGUAACCAUCUUGAAGCAUUACAACUCAAACUGAAUAAGCAUAAUGAGAGGCUGCAUGAGGCUAGAGAGACAUAUAACGAAUUACAUGAGGAACAAUUAAAAAUUCAGUUGGAUAUGCAGAAAUUGAAACAUUUAAAGGAUAAACAGGAUGAUUUGUACACCCGAGAAGUCACUGUAGGAGAAACGGUGGAGAAACUGCGUGAAGAUUUGGCAGAUGCUGAAAAUCAAUUGGAGUCUGGAACUCAGAAACUGGAAAAGCUUAAGCUGGAAAACUGGCAAAAACAAGAAGAUGAUAGAAAAUCGAUGAUGGAAGGUACUAGACGCCUGUCCGAUUUACAUAAGAUAAUAGAUGAAGUCGAUUCGUUUAUAAACAGCAACGUACCUGAGAGACUCGCGAAUUACGAGCGUGACAUAGAAAGUUAUCAGAAUUCGCUAACAGAACUUAUGAACAAGAAAAAAGAUGUAGAGCAAACGAUAAAUAAGUUGAAGGAGGAUGUUGCCUCUCAAGAAAUUGGAAAGAGAGAAUUACAUGACAAUAAUGUACGUAAUAUUAUGGAUACAAUAGAGCUUUUGAAGGGACAAUACAAGAAAUUAAACGAAAAAUUGAAAAGUAUGAAUUAUAACGAGUUAUCAAAGAAAUGGGAGCAGUUGGAAAAUGAAAAACAAGUAUUACUUCGUCAAAAAAACGUAACGCUGGGAAAUCAAGAAGAAUUAGAAAGAGUCAUCAAACAGUACAUGCAAGAAUUACGAAGAGAGGAAUAUCGAUUAGCUCGUCGAAAUUAUACUACCAAGUGCAUUGAAUUAACAGUUCAGGAAGAGACCAUAGCAAAUUUGAAAGCUUACAGUAAAGUAUUGGAUACCGCCAUGAUCGAGUAUCAUGAGGAGCGCAUGUCGACAGUCAAUAGAAUAAUGAAAAAGCUGUGGAAACAUGUUUACAAGGGUACAGAUACUAGUUGCAUAGAGAUUUGUACAGAACCUACAGAUGGUGUGGGUAGCAGUAGAAGAAGCUACAAUUACAAACUGAUUCAAACUAAACACGGUUGUAAGAUGGAUAUGAAAGGACGUUGUAGUGCUGGACAGAAAGUAUUGGCAUCGAUAAUUAUAAGACUCGCUUUAGCAGAAACAUUCUGCAAGGACUGCGGCAUUCUUGCAUUAGAUGAACCAACGACAAAUCUGGAUGAAGAAAAUGCGAACAGUUUAGCAGAUACGUUAACUAAAGUUGUCGAGCUACGAUCGAGAUAUCAGAAAAAUUUCCAACUGAUUAUUAUCAGUCACGAUGAAAAGUUCUUACAGAAACUGGCGGAUUUGAAUAAUCACAAAAAAUUCCAUGAGCUUUAUCGUAAACAGAAUGGAAUGACUGCAGUGAAAAUCUCUGACUUCAACGAGCCUACGAGUUCUCUGGUACACAUAAAAAGCGAGGACGAAUCCGACGAGGAAGAAAGCCGUCCUAAUCAGUUCCGGGAAACAACAAGUGGCUUAUCUACAAAUACUUCAAGUAAAAAGAGAUACAAUUGGGAUGAUUUCAAUGAGCAAGAUAGGCCGCCGAUUAAGAAGAAAUACCGUUUCGAGUAAACCUUCUAAAAUAAGCUAAACUUCACAUCAUUUAUAUAAUUUAUAUAUGCCUUAUAUUUUUUCUAAUAUAUAAUAUGCAUUGUUUUACUUUGUUACAAGAUUUCUGUAAUUGCUUAAGUAUGGAUAAUAUUCAGUGUUAGUGUGUAAACUAAUGUUCUUAGUUUUUUUUGGUUUUUUUUAAAGAAAAGUUAUUCAGGUAAAAAUUAUAUCUCAGGGAUAACUAAACGCGAAGAUUAUUUUGUAUUUAGUAUAAGAGCGAUAAGAAUAGAGUUAAUUAUUAAUAAAUUUAUUUUCAAACUUAUAA